CCGUGCUCGUGGCAGAUAUUGAACAUAUGAACAGAACAUAUGUGUUGAUGUGUGUGUGGCUAGACAUUACGGAGUCAAGUUCGAAAUAUAUGUGUGUUACAGUGUGAAACAUUACCAAGUCAAGAUGUAAACAUAUGUGUGUAGGUAACCUAUGCUCAGGUCAGCCAGGUAACAUAUUGUGUAAGUGUGUAGCUAACCUAUGCUCAGGUCAGCCAGGUAACAUAUUGUGUAUGUGUGUAGUUAACUUAUGCUCAGGUCAGCCAGGAGCAUAUUGUGUAUGUGUGUAGUUAACCUAUGCUCAGGUCAGCGAGGAACAUAUUGUGUAUGUGUGUAGCUAACCUAUGCUCAGGUCAGCCAGGUAACAUAUUGUGUAUGUGUGUAGUUAACCUAACCUAUGCUCAGGUCAGCCAGGUAAGAUAUUGUGUAUGUGUGUAGCUAACCUAUGCUCAGGUCAGCCAGGUAACAUAUUGUGUAUGUGUGUAGUUAACCUAUGCUCAGGUCAGCCAGGUAACAUAUUGUGUGUGUGUGUGUAGUUAACUUAUGCUCAGGUCAGCCAGGAGCAUAUUGUGUAUGUGUGUAGUUAACCUAUGCUCAGGUCAGCGAGGAACAUAUUGUGUAUGUGUGUAGCUAACCUAUGCUCAGGUCAGCCAGGUAACAUAUUGUGUAUGUGUGUAGUUAACCUAACCUAUGCUCAGGUCAGCCAGGUAAGAUAUUGUGUAUGUGUGUAGCUAACCUAUGCUCAGGUCAGCCAGGUAACAUAUUGUGUAUGUGUGUAGCUAACCUAUGCUCAGGUCAGCCAGGUAACAUAUUGUGUAUGUGUGUAGUUAACCUAUGCUCAGGUCAGCUCGUUAACAUAUUGUGUGUGUGUGUGUAGCUAACUUAUGCUCAGGUCAGCCAGGUAACAUAUUGUGUAUGUGUGUAGCUAACCUAUGCUCAGGUCAGCCAGGUAACAUAUUGUGUAUGUGUGUAGCUAACUUAUGCUCAGGUCAGCCAGGUAACAUAUUGUGUAUGUGUGUAGUUAACCUUUGCUCAGGUCAGCCAGGUAACAUUGUGUAUGUGUGCAGCUAACCUAUGCUAUGGUCAGGCAUGUAACAUAUUACUGUAUAUAUGUGUAUCCAGCCUAUGCUCGGGUCAGCAAAAGGACAUAUUGUUCAUCUGUAAGAGUCGGGUUCCGUUUUUGUGUUAGUAGGAAAUAUAUUUUUUAAAGAGAUGCAUUAUAUCCAAGUCAGUUAGUCUUGAAACAUACGGCAUAUAUGUAUAUCGCAUCCAGAAAAAUGAUAGAAAGAAAUUUCGUCGACGGUAAUUUGAUCGAACGGAAAUUUGGUGGUAUCUUUUUUUUUUUCUUCAGUUUUUUCGUUAAAGUUUUGCUUCAAAUGUCCUUUUGAUUGCAGUAUUUUGUUAGACUAUAGAGUAGAGUGCGUUCAAAAAGAAAUUUGACGAAAAUUUUAAAGUGUGAACUGAAAAAAAGAUUUGACCAAAUUUCCGUUCGAUCAAAUUUCCGUCGAUCAAUUUACCGUCGACGAAAUUUCUUUCCAUCAAAUUUCCGUUAACCAUAUGUAUUUAGCUUACCAUAACCAAGUCAGGGUCGUUUCAGUAACAACUACACAUUGUUAGUCAACCACUGGAGCUCGGUGCGUUCAGUAAUGAUCGCAAUUUGAAUUUUAUUGGUUUGGAUUUUAAUUGAAAUAAAAUAAAAAAUAAUUUAAUGUUUCUAAACAUAAGCGGUUCAGUUAGAAAUACGGUGACGCACUGGAAAAGAGGAAAAUACAUUCUUCUGUAGCAAUAAUAGUUCACCUGGAUUGAUGUAACUAAGAGAGGCGUAAUGAAAACAACGGGGAAACACACAUUUGUAUUGGGUGUAUUUUCAUAUGUUAUGCUAAUCGAAAAGACGAUACCAAAUGGCGCAUCAGUCGCCGAUACUUCUCUUAAGCAAUGUGCCGUAUUAGAUUUUAGGGUGAUACACACUUCUCAUUCUGUUUGCGACACAAGUUUCUGCCACUGGAUCAAAAAAGAGUCGACGACAUUGUGUUGUUGUUGAAUUUGUCACGCAUUCAUACAAAUCUAGCCAUGUGCGUGAAAGAAUUGGGGGGGGGGGGGGGGAGAGAUAUUUUUAUAAUUAAAAAAAGAUCACUUUGGUUUACAAAUAAUUUGUUUUCGUUUUGCAGUUGGGUUUGAGCUCAACUAUAAGUCUCUCUGGUGCAAUGAUGUGCCACAUUCGUCAAACAUUAGCGGUUCGUACUCGGUGACGUUGAAGUUCGUUUCGUGUUCGGUCGUCAGCAGGGUUUGAGUUCCGUGUGUUCGGUUUGAUUCCCAUCUCUGUAGCUAUGCUCCCACCCCUACAGUUGUGGUUCUAAACCUGUGCUCCCACCCCUACAGUUGUGGUUCUAAACCUGUGCUCCCACCCCUACAGUUGUGGUUCUAAACCUGUGCUCCCACCCCUACAGUUGUGGUUCUAAACCUGUGCUCCCACCCCUACAGUUGUGGUUCUAAACCUGUGCUCCCACCCCUACAGUUGUGGUUCUAAACCUGUGCUCCCACCCCUAUAGAUAGGAAUUUUUAUGUCCAUAGGACUAUUUUAAUAGAUAAUUUUAUAUAGAUAGGACUUUUCAUGUCCAUAGGACUUUUUUGAUAAGUCAUUUCAUAGAUAGGACUUUUCAUGUCCUUGGACGUUCUAUUGUGAUAGGUCGUUUCAUAGAGAUAGGACGUUUGAUUUGAUGAGUACAAAUCUGUUCUAUCAGUACGGUCGUCUGUUUAAGACAAUAUAUGUAAUUGAUAGGAGUACUCCCUCCAUCGCAUCCCAACAACACUUGACUCAGCAACAGAACGAGCUCUUCACAUACGGUUGUUUGCUGGAUACACCGGCCCGUAAUAGACGCGUGACGCCAACAGGUCCCCCGUAUGACAUCAAAGAUAGAUUAACUGAAAUCAGGGUCACAAUUGUCUCCCAGUCUGGGCCACCCACGUCUUUCUGAUGACGUGCUUGGCUUUGUUUGGAAACAUCAGCAGGGGAAGACAACUAUCAACUCAAGAAAUCAAUAAGAUGCGGGCGGGAGCCAAAACUUAACGAAAAACAAAAAACGUUUGUGUUCACUAGGUGGGUGUUUACGAUAUUAUUGGUGGUGCUAGCUCUUCAAGCGCAGACUGAAAACUAACUAAAGUCUCUUUCUGAUAGGGGCAGCUAUUAGUUCUAGGAUUGCAUGUUUUGUUCAUCUCCUUUUAUGUAUGGACUCAUUCUUCUUUUGUUAGGGUGGAUGGCGUGGUGUCUACCAUUGACAUUGACAUUUGAUAGUGUAAAUGCAAGAAAGGGUGGUAUCAAAGGGUGGGGGGGGGCUAAUUGAAUUGAUCUAAAUACAUGCUUUGUCAGGUGUGCAAAACUCCAUGUUUCAAACGAAUCAAUCAAUCUACUGUGGAGCCCCUCAUAACCAGCACCUCUCUCUCUCUCAUUGUCCUGACAUUCCUGUGUGAGCCGGGGCUUCCGCGCCGAGGCAUUAGUCCAGCGGUGCUCAAUCUGUGGGUCGUGACCCCUUUGGGGGUAGCGCGGCCCUUUCCCAAGGGUCGCCUUAGACUGUCUGAAAACACAUAUUCUUACAGCUAGGAAGUAGCAACGAAAAUAAUUAGGCUGCUGGGGGGGGGGGAUCACCAAGACACGAGAAACUGUAUUAAAGGGUCGCGGCACUAGGAAGGUUGAGAACCAUUGCAUUAGUCUGUGUUUAGCACUCGGUCUGUUAGUGUCUUGUUUUAGUGUGUGAUCACCAGUUUCUACGAAUUUUGUAUUCAGACAGCAUUCGUAAUGUUUUUAUGUGCAAAGUGUAAUAACCUGUGCUAAAAUGUCUUCGAAAAAAAAAACCACAAGAAGACAAUCCUAAAAGAGAAAAAAUAACUGUUGAAAUGAAACGUACGAUCACUGAAAAGCGAGAACAAGAUGUGAGCGUGGCUAGUCGUGCUACACAUUUAUUCCAUGAUAAUGCUGUGACACAUUUUCGUCACAUUUGGAAGCGUCGGCAAAAACCAAUGUCUUUCGACAGUUCUCUAGUUAACAAGGAUGAAUUAGUUGGUCAUAAAUUCAUAUAUUUACUUACGUUUUUUGUUUCAGAUCUAAAGUGUAUUCCAAGUUGUUCCACUCCUUAACAAUUCAUAAGUCAUUUGAUUGGAAGAAAUGGUCAUAAUUUUUUGUGUGAAAAAUUCGUAUUUUUUCAGCAUGGAACGCAUGAUCGUAUUUUACAUUGAUUUGUAUGGGAAAAAUUGUUUCGUUUAACGAGUGUUUCGCUUAACGAGUAAGAGUCUGGAACGAAUUAAACUCGUUAUGAGAGGUUCCACUGUAUUUUUGAGUAAUUUAAUUUCGAACAAGUUUCCUUCAAACAAAAUUACAGCUGCGGACUACAUCAUCUCUUUUCAACGUCUAUAUCAUCUCUUUUCAACACAAACAUUAUCUAUUUCACCAUACAUUAUCUCUUUUCAACACAUACAUUAUCUCUUUUCAACACAAACAUAAUCUAUUUCACCAUACAUUAUCUCUUUUCAACACAUACAUUAUCUCUUUUCCACACAAACAUUAUCUAUUUCACCAUACAUUAUCUCUUUUCAACACAUACAUUAUCUCUUUUCAACACCUACAUUAUCUCUUUUCAACACCUACAUUAUCUCUUUUCAACACAUACAUUAUCUCUUUUCAACACAUACAUUAUCUCUUUUCAACACAUACAUUAUCUCUUUUCAACACAUACAUUAUCUCUUUUCAACACAUACAUUAUCUCUUUUCAACACCUACAUUAUCUCUUUUCAACACCUACAUUAUCUCUUUUCAACACAUACAUUAUCUCUUUUCAACACAUACAUUAUGUCUUUUCAACACAUACAUUAUCUCUUUUCAACACAUACAUUAUCUCUUUUCAACACCUACAUUAUCUCUUUUCAACACACCUACAUUAUCUCUUUUCAACACCUACAUUAUCUCUUUUCAACACAUACAUUAUCUCUUUUCAACACAUACAUUAUCUCUUUUCAACACAAACAUCUCUUUUCAACACAUACAUUAUCUCUUUUUAAUGCUAUAUCUCUAUCCCAUCAAAUGUGACCUAUCCUAUUCGGCUAUCACAACAUUUCCAUCAAAUGUGAACUAUCCUAUUUGGCCAUCACAACAUUCCCAUCAAAUGUGACCUAUCCUAUUUGGCCAUCCCAACGUUUCCAUCAAAUGUGACCUAUGUGUCCCAGCACCAAGUCUUAGAAUGUAUUGUUGAUGUCAACACUCCAUUGGCCGGAUACGAUGAGAUAACCGUGUCUUAAACUGGAACAUAUGACGUAGUGUCGUUGACGCUCGUAGCAUCCCCCCAUCGCCCCUUUCCGCUUACCUCCGUGCCCUAUGUCAUCGCUCUGGCAUGACGUGUGCACCUAGGAGACCCCCCCCCCCAAGGCCAGCCGAUCCCAGUGGUCAGAAAUAGCCGGCCGAUCAAUGAAAGCUCCACGCUCGUAGCAUCCCCCCAUCGCCCCUUUCCGCUUACCUCCGUGCCCUAUGUCAUCGCUCUGGCAUGACGUGUGCACCUAGGAGACCCCCCCCCCCCAAGGCCAGCCGAUCCCAGUGGUCAGAAAUAGCCGGCCGAUCAAUGAAAGCUCCGCUAAUAAUGGCGCCGCCGUAAUCGGAGCGAGUAUUUGUGGCGUCUAUGACGUAGGAGCUGUUCACCUCAUUCACUAAGAUAAUAACACUCUCGAUUGGCUAAAUUCCCCCCCCCCCAACCAACCAACCCCCUUUUUUUUAAACGAAAAGAAAGGCUCAUCUUGAUCGCGCGCGAACGUAACAACACAAAUCUAUUUAUAGAGGGGGAGAAGAGAGUAUUUUUGUUAUUUAUCUAACGAAAUAAAUGUCUCCCGCGAUGGUGAUCUGUACAGAACAACAAAAACUGCAUGGUGUGAAACUUGAUCAGAUAAUAGAGCGUCUUGUUCAUGCUUUGGUGUCGGUUGGCAAGGUUCUUGUCAGGGAGUGCGGUCACUGGAGUUCAAGGUUUAGGGUUGACAUUAGGGUUGUAACCAUGGGAUCUUAGGGUUGACAUUAGGCAAGGGGAUUUUAGGGUUGACAUUAGGAAAGGGGAUCUUAGGGUUGACAUUAGGAAAGGGGAUCUUAGGGUUGACAUUAGGCAAGGGGAUCUUAGGGUUGACAUUAGGCAAGGGGAUCUUAGCGUUGACAUUAGGCAAGGGGAUCUUAGCGUUGACAUUAGGCAAGGGGAUCUUAGCGUUGACAUUAGCCAAGGGGAUCUUUUAGGGUUGACAUUAGACAAGGGGAUCUUAGGGUUGACAUUAGGCAAGGGGAUCUUAGGGUUGACAUUAAGCUAUGGGGAUCUUAGGGUUGACAUUAGGCAACGGGAUCUUAGUAUUGACAUUAGGCAACGGGAUCUUAGUAUUGACAUCAUGGAUCUUACAGUUAACAUUAGGGGAUCUUAAUCUUAGGGUUGAAAUUAGGGGAUCUUAGGGUUGACAUUAGGCUAGAGAGUCGUAUGGUUGCCACUGGGGAAUCUUAGGACUUUCCAGCGAUCCGCAACGUUUGUAUGGGUGCAACCCCAUCGAAAACUACUUUGAUUAUGAAGACCGUCCUGUCAGGGACAAUGUGACAUGUCUGCUGUGACAUGUCUGCGUCCUGAUCUUAUAAUGUGACAUGUCCGCGUGCUGAUCUUAAAAUGUGACAUGUCUGCGUGCUGAUCUUACAAUGUGACAUGGCUGCGUGCUUAUCUUGCAAUGUGACAUGUCUGCGUGCUGAUCUUACAAUGUGACAUGUCUGCGUGCUGAUCUUACAAUGUGACAUGUCUGCGUGCUGAUCGUACAAUGUGACAUGUCUGCGUGCUGAUCUUACUAUGUGACAUGUCUGCGUGCUUAUCUUACAAUGUGACAUGUCUGCGUGCUGAUCUUACAAUGGGACAUGUCCGCGUGCUGAUCUUACAAUGUGACAUGUCCGCGUGCUGAUCUUACAAUGUGACAUGUCUGCGUGCUGAUCGUACAAUGUGACAUGUCUGCGUGCUGAUCUUACAAUGUGACAUGUCCGCGUGCUGAUCUUACAAUGUGACAUGUCGCGUGCUGAUCUUACAAUGUGACAUGUCUGCGUGCUGAUCGUACAAUGUGACAUGGCUGCGUGGAUAUCUUACAAUGUGACAUGUCUGCGUGCUUAUAUUACAAUGUGACAUGUCUGCGUGCUGAUCUUACAAUGUGACAUGAAGCAGAAUCACUUGUAUCACAAAUAUACGUUUGGUUUAAUGAUGAUAUCAGAUAAAUGUCUGGUAUGAUGUUGUAGGCAGUGUAAAUGUCAGGCAAGCCAUGCAGGACAGCCAUGUGGAACUGUCUACUAUAGUUUCACUCAUGAAGAAUGGCACUGAUUAUUCAAUCGAUUAUCACACAUAUAUUUGAUAUUUGGACAUGUGCAUCAGAUACGGUAAUCCACUAAGUCAGGUCUGCACAACAUACGGCCCGCAGGCCGCAUGUGGCCCGCCAGCACCCACUUUAUGGCCCGCGAGGUAUCGAUAAACUCGUUAUUCUUACUAUUUUCUUCAUGACUUUCCCCUUGACCUAUAUUUUUUUGGCCCGCACAAGUCCUGUCCUAUUUUCCUUUGGCCCGCACACGUUUUUCAUAAUGCUUUAUGGCCAAUGUUCACUUUAAGCUCACAGACGCCGCGCAGCUAAUUUCCACUUAAGUGUGUGUUUGUGACUGAAGGCUGUAAAAUUUUGCGCACAAAAAAUUGAUGCUGUAAAAAUGUGUACACAACUUUAUGAUUUUGCACACGAACCAGCAAACCUUGAUUACGGCCCGCCUUACAUUUUGAGUUGUGCAGCCCUGCACUAAGUGCUUGUCAUUGUAUGAACUUGCAAGAGACUUCAUUGACUUUUUUGUUGUUUUGUAUCCAUAGGUUUGGAUGGACAGUCCUUAUACUGCACUGAAGUUCUUCCAAGUUCGUCCCCUCCCAGUCAACCAAUCACAGUUGAGGGGGGUGGGACCAAUAGGCGUGGCCAAGUGUCUGUCAAUGGAGGAGCCAACAGUCAGCCUGUCCAAUAUACAAUUAUCAUUGCAGACCCUCAACUUCAACAAAACGGCAGCAGCAGCAGAAGCAUUACAUCCGGUGCUACAAAUAUUCUGCUAAAUACCUUGGUACAGCAGCAACAGCUACAGCAGCAGCAGCAACAGCUGCAGCAUCACCUGGUGUCCAUAUCGAAAGCUAAUAGCACCUUGAACAACUUGAUCGCCAGCAGUAAUGCUAGUGUAUUUGUGAACAGCAACAAUCUCAAUGGCAGCUAUAAAUGUAGCAACUUGUUGAGCACCGGCGUCGUCACUGGCAACAGCAACAACGUCUCUGGCAACAGCAACAACGUCUCUGGCAGCAACAACAACACAUCAGCAUUCCCCGCAAAUCUCAUUGCAAACAGCCUCAACAACAACAAUGUUGACGGCAAGAGCAUAAGCAUCAGUCUGCCCCACAACAGCAAACUUCCUGCAGCCGUGUUUGACAGCGGGAGUGCCGAAGGCGGUAUCUUGAUCUUCAACUACACAGACUCUGGUGAUGCCGGCACUGCCACUUUAGCCAAUAUCAACCAGUUGGUCAGCGUGCACGGUCAUGACUUUGUAGCCGAGGGCUCGAAUCCCGCCCCUAAGGCUGUUAGCGAUAAGGCCUCGGUGAUUAGUACAGACAAUUGGGGCACUAAACAGAGUCAUUCCUAUGUAGCUAAACCUGACACCUAUCAGUUGAGUAGUGGGAUCAGGCUUGAUGCUAGAAGUUCUGCUGUUUAUAAUGGACCAGUUAUAGAGAAGGAGGGUGCAGACUACCAGAGAGGCAGCACCAACGGCACUUCACACCUCUCUCCACCUGUGCAAUCAGGGGAGCGGCAGUUGCAGGAAGUGAGUUCAGCCAGCGAAAGGUUGUCAGGGGGCAUGCACAGUGGGCGAAUCGGAGGAGCAGGGUCAGGUCAAGGUCACAGUAAUCACCAACAGCAGCAGCGCCAAAGCCCCAACGGCACCCCUACAUCGUCUGCCGCAGCUUCCAGCCAAAGCACCAUGUUAUCUGCUGGGCAGCCGGCGGUGCCCUCCUCGGCCAUUUUCAGGACAGGGGCGGACAACUCGUCACCUCCACACCGGCUCUCAGGUUCUAAUGUGUCGGGCUACACCGCUGCCCAGUACUCCACCAUCUACGGUAUGCACGGCCAGGCGCCGGCUCACCUCACGAACAUGCAACCCUAUUCCACGUUUUUCCCAGCCUUCGGGGGCUCCGGGACGUCCAGUCACGUGUUCUCACAUGGUUCUCUCAUGACAGCCGCCCCACAAAGCCAUUAUCCCGUCAUUGAGUCUUAUUCUGCCAUGCUGGCCAGCAUGGGCAGUCAAGUGCAACAUCGGGGCGUGCAAGGAGCAGACAGGUGGGUGGCUGGAUUUAUCAACUCAAACUAGUUGUCAAUUAAUGAAUUUUUGUAUAAAAGACUAAUUUUGAUAUAGGAUUCAGGUUGGCUACCUCAAAUUGAUGAAAUGUCUAAAUCAGCUGUUCUAUUUAAUCAAGUUUUUUUUUUUUUUUAGAAAUGCUUUGGUUUGAUUCCAGCCUGUUACUGUGACAGUUUUUAUGACAAUGUUGUCAUUAUUUUUUUAUUCAUUUAGAUUAUCUUGACAGCACACUUCUGCUGUUCAGUUUAAAAAAAUAACUUCAAAUAAAGGGGCUCGCGAUGAGUGCUGGAGUCAGUAAGUGCACCCCUCCUGAUUGGACUGUCAAUGAUGGACUGUGAAUGUGCUGUCAAUGAUGGACUGUGAAUGUACUGUCAAUGAUGGACUGUCAAUGAUGGACUGUGAAUGGACUGUCAAUGAUGGACUGUGAAUGGACUGUCAAUGAUGGACUGUGAAUGGACUGUCAAUGAUGGACUGUGAAUGGACUGUCAAUGAUGGACUGUGAAUGGACUGUCAAUGAUGGACUGUCAAUGUACUGUCAAUGAUGGACUGUGAAUGUACUGUCAAUGAUGGACUGUGAAUGUACUGUCAAUGAUGGACUGUGAAUGUGCUGUCAAUGAUGGACUGUGAAUGUACUGUCAAUGAUGGACUGGGAAUGUGCUGUCAAUGAUGGACUGUGAAUGUACUGUCAAUGAUGGACUGUGAAUGUACUGUCAAUGAUGGACUGUGAAUGUGCUGUCAAUGGUGGACUAGGAAUGUACUGUCAAUGAUGGACUGUGAAUGUACUGUCAAUGAUGGACUGUGAAUGUACUGUCAAUGAAAGACUGAAUGUACUGUCAGUGAUGGACUGUGAAUGGACGGUCAAUGAAGGACUGAAUGUACUGUCAGUGAUGGACUGUGAAUGUACUGUCAAUGAAAGACUGAAUGUACUGUCAGUGAUGGACUGUGAAUGGACGGUCAAUGAAGGACUGAAUGUACUGUCAAUGGAAGACUGAAUGUACUGUCAAUGAAGGACUGAAUUUACUGUCAAUGGAGGACUGAAUGUACUGUCAGUGAUGGACUGUGAAUGGACUGUCAAUGAAGGACUGAAUAUACUGUCAAUGAAGGACUGAAUGUACUGUCAGUGAUGGACUGUGAAUGGACGGUCAAUGAAUGACUGAAUGUACUGUCAGUGAUGGACUGUGAAUGGAUGGUCAAUGAAGGACUGAAUGUACUGUCAGUGAUGGACUGUGAAUGGACUGUCAAUGAAGGACUGAAUGUACUGUCAAUGAAGGACUGAAUGUACUGUCAGUGAUGGACUGUGAAUGUACUGUCAGUGAAGGACUGAAUGUACUGUCAGUGAUGGACUGUGAAUGUUCUGUCAAUGAAGGACUGAAUGUACUGUCAGUGAUGGACUGUGAAUGGAUUGUCAAUGAAGGACUGAAUCUACUGUCAGUGAUAGACUGUGAAUGGACGGUCAAUGAAGGACUGAAUGUACUGUCAAUGAAAGACUGAAUGUUAUGUCAAUGAGGGACUGUGAAUGAGCUGUCAAUGAGGGACUUUGAAUGGACAGUCAAUGAUGGACUGUGAAUAGACAGUCAAUGAUGGACUGUGAAUAGACAGUCAAUGAAGGACUGUGAAUGGACUGUCAAUGUGGGACUGUGAUCUAGACUGUCAAUGAGGGACUGUAAAUGGUCUGUCAAUGAAGGCAUGGCACUGAAGGAGUGUGAAUGGACUGUCAAUGAAGGUGUGACAAUGAAGGAGUGUGAAUGGACUGUCAAUAAAGGCAUGACACUAAAGGAGUGUGAAUGGGUUGUCAAUGAAGGUGUAACAAUGAAGGAGUGUGAAUGGACUGUCAAUAAAGGCAUGACACUAAAGGAGUGUAAAUGGACUGUCAAUGCACUGUCAAUGAGGCACUGUGAAUGGACUGUCAAUGAGGGACUGUGAUUGCACUGUCAAUGAGGCACUGUGAAUGGACUGUCAAUGAGGGACUGUGAAUGGACUCGAUGAAAGACUGAAUAGACUGGCAAUGAUUCACUGUGAAUGGGUCGAGAAUGCCAUUCCAGGAUUCGCUUCGUAAGCCAUUUGAUGAAGUGUCCACAGCUGCUCUAUCUUGUCGAUGGAAGGAUGCCAUACAGAUCCAUAUUGUCAAGUUUAGCCUCAUUUGAACAAAGAGUAACAUGACAGGAAUGAAUUGUUGUAUAGAUAAACUGAAGGAAUGAAUUGUUGUAUAGAUAAACUGAAGGAAUGAAGUGUUGUAUAGAUAAACAGAAGGAAUGAAUUGUUGUAUAGAUAAACUGAAGGAAUGAAGUGUUGUAUAGAUAAACUGAAGGAAUGAAGUGUUGUAUAGAUAAACUGAAGGAAUGAAUUGUUGUAUAGAUAAACUGAAGGAAUUAAUUGUUGUAUAGAUAAACUGAAGGAACGAAUUGUUGUAUAGAUAAACUGAAGGAAUGAAGUGUUGUAUAGAUAAACAGAAGGAAUGAAUUGUUGUAUAGAUAAACUGAAGGAAUGAAGUGUUGUAUAGAUAAACUGAAGGAAUGAAUUGUUGUAUAGAUAAACUGAAGGAAUGAAUUGUUGUAUAGAUAAACUGAAGGAACGAAUUGUUGUAUAGAUACACUGAAGGAAUGAAUUGUUGUAAAGAUAAACUGAAGGAAUGAAUUGUAUAGAUAAACUGAAGGAAUGAAUUGUUGUAUAGAUAAACUGAAGGAUGGAACUGCACCAACCUCCGGCCCCACCAUCAACAAUUGCACCACCAUCAGACUAUUUAUUUGUAAGGGCAUCUCUUGACCAUCGAUUAUAAUCCAUUUAGUACAUAAACAAAAAUAUAAACUUCAUUAAAACAUGAACUAAUUAUUUCUAAACAACGCUGCACGCAUGAGAGACUGCUAGCUUAACAUUGGCAAAGAAGUACCCAGGGGGCGGUCAGGAAGUUUGGCUGCUGAUAUUAAAAUCUAUAUAUGACAUAUUAUCUGAACUAAAAAGAUAAUAUAUAAAAAUUCUGAUUUCGGAAAAAGUAUUUUCCUACUGCACAAUGUUCCAUUUUGAAAGACAACAGGAAUAAGUGCUCUUGACAAAAUCUGCGCUAAGUUACAGUGCUUUUGUUUUCAAAGAUGUCAUACCUGGGCCCCAUUGACUAAUUUUUUACAGAUAUCAGAAUAAGUCAGGAACAAAUAUAACUUUUUGAUGCCCAUUGAAUCCUUUUUCACCUUGUCAAAUUAUGUACCCGGUAUUCAAGAUAAAAAAUUUUUUAAAAACUACUUCUUGAACAAAAAAAGCCCUUUCUGAAAAUGUGCUUAGAAGAAGUAUCCAAUAAAUGUCCCCUAAAACUUGAGAGUUAUUCCAUUUCAUGGGACUCAAAAGUUUCAGCUCAAACCAAUACCAUCAAUUGUUUCAGAAUUGAGAGGCAAGAUUUGACCUCAUAAACUAAAAAAUGGACGAAGCAACCUUAAAAAAGAGUGUAUAAAAUAGUUGAUUUUCCCUUUAUCUUUAGCUUGUAGUGGAGGUGUGUGGAGGGAUGUCAAUCUUGCCAUUGGCUUUAUGCUUUUGUGGACCUCAAUUAUAAAUGAAAAAAAUACAAAUUUUUCUUGAUUAUUUCUCAGCUCUAUAAUGUAUAGAGAUUUUAUAACUAAUUGGUUCAUUAUUAUUAUGUCAUAUUUAAGGAAUUCAUUCUUUAAUUAUAGUUUUCAGUAUUUUCAUCAUUUCCUUUCAACAGAUCGCCAAGAAUGCCAGCCGCACCAAGUGGGCCUGUCACCCAGCGCCCAUUCCUUCCCUCAACCCCUCACUUGGUCGCUCCUGGGACACAGUAUUCUGCAUCAUGUCGUCGCCUUUCGGGCAGCAACUCGCCCAGUCCCGGGGUCCAGACCUGUAGUCCUCAGACGACGCCGGCAGUAUCCUCUCACCACUUAGACAAAAUGGCCUCCAUAAAGGGAGGACACCAGGCGAGAGACAUUGAGGCUUCGAUGGACCUCAGAUUGUACGGGGACGUGUCAGGCAUACAUGAGGAAAAAUCCAGUCUUUCACCGUCAAGCCCUUACGGUGCCUCUGGCCAUGUCCCCAAGGUUUCGUUUGAUAAUGUUGUGAAAGAAUACGGAGGCAGAGAUUCACCUUCAGGUAGAGGAGACUUGUAUUACCGGACAUCUUUAAGUGGUAAAGAGGGCAGCUUGAAACACAGGAUCUUAACGAGACCCUCUGAUUCAGAGUUGCCAGACGAUAUGUCUAAAGUUAGCGGUGUUCAUGGUUUGAAAGAUGAACCCGCCAGCAAGCGACCUAAGGUGAGCAGUAUGAGUUUGGCACCCGUGUCGUAUGGUCAACAUGGAGACAGCCAGAGGCCCGGUGCCGGUCGUCACCAAACAUUAUCCCAUCCCGCUGCCCGUCACUCUCCCAUAAACAGUAACACUAAUCUGGCUGUAGAGAGUAGGGGGCCUAACAGCGGUCACCAUCCUGAUAAUGUGUCUGGACACCAGGGUGAGUCGCUCACCCCAUACCAGCACGGUGAUGACAGCAGAUACAAACCUCAAGCCUAUCACCACACGCCCUCACCAUCCUGGUCAUCUCCACCGAGUUCUCCUUCCUGUGAGAACCCAUCCUCACACCUUCAGUAUCCAUCGCACUUUAUGAAAGGUUCGAUCAUUCAGCUUGCGGAUGGGACGCUGAAACGCGUGGAGGAUCUGCAGACUGAUGAUUUUGUUAGCAGUGCUGAGAUUUCAUCAGAUCUCAAGGUAGACUCCAGCACUGUGGUAAGAAUAGAGGAGAACCAGGACAGGGGCACUGCAAUGCUCAGCUUUUCAGUGGGAGAGCACAGAGUUCAGGUAACAUGUCACAAUGUCAGACAACAUAAGAAUAAGAUGAUUUAUUUAAUACAAAAAUUCCUGAUACAUUAUAAAUUUUCAGCUAAAUUGAUGACACAAUGACAACAUUCUAUUUUAAGUUUAACAUAAUUUUCACACAUGAAAGCGACAUAUGGGGAAAUUUAACUUUCUGUUGUGCUGGAUGUUGUGACAGAAAAUGUCAUUUAGUAGAGUAUAAUUUUAAUAGUGAAGUUUGUUGUAGAUUAAAAUUUAGUUUUUAAAACAUUUUUUUUAAUUUAAGAACUGGGCUGGGGGAAGGGGUUUUGUUUAGUUUGACCUACUUCAUGGACGGCCCUAUCCAAUGUUGUCAAACCAGUCUCCCUAAAGAUCAAAUUAGUUUGACCUACUUCAUGGACGUCCCUAUCCAAUGUUGUCAAACCAGUCUCCCUAAAGAUCAAAUUAGUUUGACCUACUUCAUGGACGGCCCUAUCCAAUGUUGUCAAACCAGUCUCCCUAAAGAUCAAAUUAGUUUGACCUACUUCAUGGACGGCCCUAUCCAAUGUUGUCAAACCAGUCUCCCUAAAGAUCAAAUUAGUUUGACCUACUUCAUGGAAGGCCCUAUCCAAUGUUGUCAAACCAGUCUCCCUGGCACACAUACUUAAUAAGUAUUUUGCCCCAUCCAAAGGACUGGAAAGUUAAAUUUUGAUGUGAUGAGAUGGCAAAUCUUUCAGUCCUUAGUUUGAGGGAGAGAAGUCCUCAACAUCAUGUUGUCUUUCAAAAUAUGUAUAAUGUCAGAAUAGAUAGAGGGACGGGGAAGAGGUUUCUAGCAUUAAAUAACAAAAGAAGAGUGAGUGGAGUGUCAGCAGUGAAGUACAAAAGAAGAGUGAGUGGGGUGUCAGCAGUGAAGUACAAAAGGAGAGUGAGUGGGGUGUCAGCAGUGAAGUACAAAAGAAGAGUGAGUGGGGUGUAGGCAGUGAAGUACAAAAUGAGAGUGAGUGGGGUGUCAGCAGUGAAGUACAAAAUGAAAGUGAGUGGGGUGUCAGCAGUGAAGUACAAAAGGAGAGUGAGUGGGGUGUCAGCAGUGAAGUACAAAAGGAGAGUGAGUGGGGUGUCAGCAGUGAAGUACAAAAGGAGAGUGAGUGGGGUGUAGGCAGUGAAGUACAAAAGGAGAGUGAGUGGGGUGUCAGCAGUGAAGUACAAAAGGAGAGUGAGUGGGGUGUCAGCAGUGAAGUACAAAAGGAGAGUGAGUGGGGUGUCAGCAGUGAAGUACAAAAGGAGAGUGAGUGGGGUGUCAGCAGUGAAGUACAAAAGGAGAGUGAGUGGGGUGUCAGCAGUGAAGUACAAAAGGAGAGUGAGUGGGGUGUCAGCAGUGAAGUACAAAAGGAGAGUGAGUGGGGUGUCAGCAGUGAAGUACAAAAGGAGAGUGAGUGGGGUGUCAGCAGUGAAGUACAAAAUGAGAGUGAGUGGGGUGUCAGCAGUGAAGUACAAAAGGAGAGUGAGUGGGGUGUCAGCAGUGAAGUACAAAAGAAGAGUGAGUGGGGUGUAGGCAGUGAAGUACAAAAUUAGAGUGAGUGGGGUGUCAGCAGUGAAGUACAAAAGGAGAGUGAGUGGGGUGUCAGCAGUGAAGUACAAAAUGAGAGUGAGUGGGGUGUCAGCAGUGAAGUACAAAAUGAAAGUGAGUGGGGUGUCAGCAGUGAAGUACAAAAUGAGAGUGAGUGGGGUGUCAGCAGUGAAGUACAAAAUGAGAGUGAGUGGGGUGUCAGCAGUGAAGUACAAAAUGAGAGUGAGUGGGGUGUCAGCAGUGAAGUACAAAAUGAGAGUGAGUGGGGUGUCAGCAGUGAAGUACAAAAUGAGAGUGAGUGGGGUGUCAGCAGUGAAGUACAAAAUGAGAGUGAGUGGGGUGUCAGCAGUGAAGUACAAAUGGAGAGUGAGUGGGGUGUCAGCAGUGAAGUACAAAAUGAGAGUGAGUGGGAUGUCAGCAGUGAAGUACAAAAUGAGAGUGAGUGGGGUGUCAGCAGUGAAGUACAAAAUGAGAGUGAGUGGGGUGUCAGCAGUGAAGUACAAAAUGAGAGUGAGUGGGGUGUCAGCAGUGGAGUACAAAAGGAAGGAGGGGUGAAAAGGUGGGGGUUAUUUUUAUACAAUUUAAAUUAUUGAUUUUUUUUUUUUAAUUUGCCAUCCUUAUAAGCACAACAAAUAUUUUUAAAAAAUGAUUUUGAUGUUCAAUUUUAUAAAUAAAAGUCUUAUCACAGGGAUCUCAAAAUUUAUAUCACCAAAUGAGGUUGACAGUGAACAAAUAUGUAAACAUAACCAUGAUAGUGAUUAUAAGCCCUCUCCACUAUAUUGCCAUGAGCUCACAGAGCAGCUUUGGACAUUCUCUCAGAUAGAAACUUGUAGAACUCUUCAACUUUGAUGUCCAUACAUUUCCAUCCCAGUUAUUCUCAAUCUCUGCAAGUUCCAUAUGCAUGUCUUCACAAACUUUUGGACAUUGUCCCAAGCAAGUGGUAUUAAAAUUGCUUUUCAAAUAAUAAUCCACAUAUUCAAAAAUGAUAGUAAGUUGUAUUUUCAAGAUUCUGAUUUCAACUUUUGUCAAUGAAUUCAAUGUGGUUCAAUGUCCCCAAGUUCCCACCAAGUGAGAUUGACUUGAAUAACUUUGAAAGUUGAUGAUAUUAAGAUAAUCAGCAGGGUAUGUUCACAAUGUCAGAUUUUGGAUAAAGAAAUGAUGAGGAUAUUCCAGCAAAUCUCUGUACCUCAUAGAUGUGGCUCAAAGAUAUCCCUUUUUGUCUUAUAGGCAGCUCUCAGUUAAUGGUUCCCUCUUUAUAUCUUGUAGGCAGCUGUCAGUUAAUGGUGCCCUCUUUAUAUCUUGUAGGCAGCUGUCAGUUAAUUGUUCCCUCUUUAUAUCUUGUAGGCAGCUGUCAGUUAAUGGUUCCCUCUUUAUAUCUUGUAGGCAGCUGUCAGUUAAUUGUUCCCUCUUUAUAUCUUGUAGGCAGCUGUCAGUUAAUUGUUCCCUCUUUAUAUCUUGUAGGCAGCUGUCAGUUAAUUGUUCCCUCUUUAUAUCUUGUAGGCAGCUGUCAGUUAAUUGUUCCCUCUUUAUAUCUUGCAGGUAACUGUGGAGGCAACGCUGGAGCAUCCUUUCUUUGUGUUUGGCCAGGGCUGGUCAUCCUGUUCGGUAACCCGAACACUUGCCCGCUACGGACUUGACUGUCAGAAGCUGAAUGUUGGUGACGUCUGUAUUUCUCUGACACACAAGGAUGUCAACCUGAAGGCAGCUGAGAUCAGCCAGCAGCAGCAGCAGGAACAGAGUUAUAUCGCUGACCAGAGCGGACCAACGGCUGCACACUCCGCCCCAAUUCCCAUGUCGGCGACCUCAGCCUCCUCAUCGAUCUUAACCUCUCAGUCCUCUAACAUUUCCUCCGGUACCUCCUCAAUGGUUUCGUCAUCUCUUAAAGUGGACAGUGUGGAUAAAAAAUUUCUGCCGCCACAUCACUCAUCUGGGUCGUCAUCUAACAAAAGACGGCUUUCCCAGACUGAGCUGCCGCCCCCUCAGUCUAACAUAGUUCCUGUUAAAAAGGAAAGUAACAAUAACAGCCUCUGCUCUCGGAGGAGAGGGUCAGCGCUCAGACAAGGGGAGGGUGAGGUAAAGGAGGAAGAGGAGCCGGAGGAUGAAGAUGAGGAUUCCACCUCCUUGCUGCGGCAGAGGCGGUGGUCUGCACCUGACCCGGUGACUGUGAAAGCUGAUCAGGAAAGAGAGCGAGAGAGGCAGAUGUUGGCCAAUGAAGCUCAAAAGGCAGAGGAGUCUUUGCUUGGUGGCGGUGGUGACAACAAUGGACAUCACUGACCACCUGAUGGCUAGCCAUAGAUGUCAAAAACAAAAGACCGGAUGAAUUCUCUUGGACCGUUACGUCUCAAAUUUAUUAAACCUUCAUGUGAGCUGUCAUGGUUAGGAUAACGGGAGCCGUCAUGGUCGGGAUAACGGGAGCCAUCAUGGUCGGGAUAACCUAGUGUUGAGAAAUAUCAAGGAUGUGAGAGUAAACUGGACAGCCGAUAUGUUCUGUGUAUAAUUGUAUAAAUAAAAAACUAAAGCAAUGAUAGCAUUAGUGAACAGCUUGGAGAGGUGCAAAGGUUUCUGGCAAAUCCAAGGAUAUUCUGAAUCAGGCAGCCAAGCUGCAGAAUAUAAUAGUAGUGGGCUACGAUUUCACAGUAAUAUCAGACAUGGUCAGUUCUAUUAGACAGUAAGCUCUGGCUUGAGACAAGGUGCUGUUGUGAAGAACUAUUAUAAUUAAAAGAAACGAAGCCAAUAAAAAAUUUAGUGUGAAGUCAAAUAUAUUUAUAAAUUUUAAACUGCUAAAUCUGUAGUUGGAAUGGAAAUACUUUAACAGCUUAAGAAAUGAUCUUACAUACAGAUUUGAACCCAGUACAACAAUGCAUGUAACUGCUAGGGAAAUUGGGUCUCUUGGGGUGAAUCAGUGUCUUUAGGGGUGCUGGUGAAAGUGUCUUUAGGGGUGCUGGUGAAUCAGUGUCUUUAGGGGUGCUGGUGAAUCAGUGUCUUUAGGGGUGCUGGUGAAUCAGUGUCUUUAGGGGUGCUGG